AUGAAGGCCUCACUUUCUAUCGUCGGUCUUGCGGCGGCGGCGGCACGCCUUGCCGUGGCCGCACCUCAUCGCUCCAUCAACGGCCGGGAUAAUACGGUCGCCACUGUCAACCUGGAUUACGAAGUGCACCAGGGCAACCUAAACGUUACUGGUGGAUACUACAUCUUCGACAACAUCCCUUACGCACAGCAGCCGGUCAACGAGCUUCGGUUUGCCAAGCCGCAGCCCAUCACUGCGACCAGCUCGACUCUCAACGUGGGCGGCGGAGGCGAUCUCCAAUGCAUCCAGAGCUAUCCCCAGUGGAUCAUUGACCUUCAGGCUCGUAGCAAUGGGAUCUCCUCGGAGCUGAUGGCACAGGUGCUGUACAACCAGGCCGGCCAGACUGAGGAGUGCUUGCUGCUCAAUGUCUAUGUCCCCCAGAAGAUCUUUGCCAAGGGCGACCGUGCCAAAGCUUCCGUCCUCGUGUGGAUCCACGGAGGUGGCUUCACUUUCGGCUCCAAGACGUCUGUUGGCAACCCGGCAGGCAUUAUUGCACGCGCUGGCCUCGACGAUGACAAAGGCGGCAUCAUCUUCGUCAGCAUCAACUACCGUCUGGGUCUUUUCGGCUGGCUAGCAGGCAGCGACGUCACUCCGAACUUGGGCCUGUACGACCAGAGAGCCGCCCUGGACUGGGUGCAGAAGUACAUUAGCCGGUUUGGUGGCGACCCUGCCCGCGUCACAAUCAUGGGCGAGAGUGCCGGCGGCUCCAGCAUCACUCACCACAUCACUGCAUAUGGCGGUGGCGACAAGCUGCCGUUCAGGGCCGCCAUCCCGCAGUCGCCGGCCUUCCAGUUCAACAUUGACACCGACGCCACGUACAAGAAGACUCUUGCCCAGGCCACUACCGAGAGCCAGCAGUCUGUGUCGAGCGUCGCUGGCCUGAAGAGCCUGACUACCGACCAGCUCAAGUCGGUCAACCAGAAGGUUACCCAGGCCGCCAUUUAUGGUGGUUUCAACUUUGGUGUGUCUGUGGAUGGCACCUAUGUGCCCGAGCUGCCGCAGGUAUUGUUCGCCAAGGGCAAGUUCAACAAGGGUCUUGAUCUCCUCAUUGCCCACAUGCCCAUUACUAGCGAGGCUGCGCCUUUCGUUCCUCCGACCAUUGCCACGGCUGCCGACCUCCGCACUUAUGCCGAGCAGAGCCUAGCCACGUCGUCGUCCGCAGUGAUUGACGAGCUGUUGACCGACGUGUAUCCCGACGUGAUGGAUGGCACAUACCCCUGGACUACCCAGUUUGGCCGGGCUGUCGUCAUUGCGACUGAGCUCAACUUUGCCUGCGUGGCACGCUACAUCAGCACGGCUUAUAACGGCCACACGCACAGCUACAUCUUUGCCUAUCCUCCAGCCUACCAUGCCGGCGAUGUCAAAUACGAGUUCUACAAUGGCGACGCGAGCACGGUCGUCGACGGCGUGCCCAUCAACCCUCAGAUUGCGUACAACCUGCAGGACACGCUCGUCAGGUUUGCCAGGAAGGGCGACCCGACUGUGUCUGGCCUUCCCAAAUUUGAGCGAUAUGGCAAGGAGGGCAACGUCCUCCACUUCUCAGACAAGGGUGUCGUCGCGGCUAUUGACGACCUCAAGAACCCGCGAUGCGACUGGAUCCAGAAGGCCCUUGUUGACGGCCGCUUGUGA